AUGUUUUCGUUGCCUUGUGAUGGCCCAUUCGGCUGUUUCGAUUAUCAUGGUUCAAAACUAGUAUGCAUUGACGAGGGAAAGAAUUUGGUUCUGGUUUCGAACACAGAUGGGACGGAACUCGAACAGUUUUCACUGCCAAACAGCUUAAGCAAAGAAUUCUAUGUCUGGGUCAAAGCGUGUUACAUUAAUGGGCGUUUCCUGCUUGGAUUGCUCAAAUCUCAUCAUGACAAAUCAUUCCACUUGAUGACAAUUAGCAUAAAUCCAGAUAAAACGUGUUCAAUUAUGAAGCAUGUGCCGACGAAAAUAAUCAGUCACGGGUUACGGGUGGAGGCACACCGUAGUAUGAGCCAAAUUGUGUUCAGCAUUUGCAAUACAAAAGUGUUGAUCAAGAGACCGAUUCAACGAACGAGUGAUAGGCAAAGCUUCAUGAAACAAUUGCGGCAAGAUGUAGAAAGAACCAACGGGUUGAAUGGAGAGGUUUUGGAGAAAGUGGUUGAGGAAGUGAUUAUUGAAGAAAAGAUCGAUAAAAUACAAGACGUGGCUCCAGUUGAUGAUGAGAAAAAGAUGAUUGAAAGUGUUUUGUUGCUAGUUAAAGUGGAGUCAGAUGGAGAUAUCAUUCCGACCAUUCUUUCGACAGGAAGACGACGAUACGGGAUUAAAAUUCAUAGAACACGGAGCAUCCGGGAGUUCAGAAGAACUUUUAGUACCAAAUUUAUGACAAGGUGGCGCUGUUUGGUGCCAGUUCAAAACACCUGCGAACCGUUUCUCUGGGGUAAUAAUGCUUGUAUCAUCUCUCGAGACAACCCAACAUGCUUCUAUCUUGCCCAUACUAUACUCAAUCCAAAAAGUGGAUUCAUAGCUUCUCUACUUCACAAGCUGAGCCAUCGCUUCAGAACCCACACACCAGUCACAGAGCCAAUCCAAAGCCCGAUUCGUGGUCAGGGACCACCGCCUGAUCUUCUUUGGAGCAAUAUUGACAUCUUGAAUGGAAUGCCAACUUUCUUGGCAAUGAGCCCAGAAACGCGGCGAAUAGUGAAAUGGCAAGUAUCUCGGGACGUUUACGGGCACUUUGACUGGAGAAAAACUGAGCUGGACAUCGAGGGGCCAGAAGACACAUCGCGUAUUCUGUUUAAGUGUAAUUCAGAGAAUAACAAUUCAUCCGACUUCACCAUUCGUUUCCAAUUGCAAAAAUCCGACGGAAAAUCUCACUUUUAUCAUUUUUCGAUUCCACGAAUUGUGGUUCAAAUCUCAUCAUAA